GUGGUCUCGUCCGCCCCCGCUGCCAUGUUGGAUUGUGCGGCCGCCACCGCCGCUGCUGCUGCCGCCGAAGAAGGUUUGGAGGAGGAGUUGGGAGUUUAGCGCAGUCGCCAGAGAACGAAGACAACGGCCAUCCGGCCGGAGCCUAGCCAGGCGGGAGCCGGGAGCUUCCCUUUCUCUGCGCGGCCCGUCGUUGGCUCCUCCUUCCCGUGGCCUCCUCCUCCCGGCGCCCGUGGAGCUGCGAGAUGCUGCGCCUCUGAUUCCCCUCCUCCUACCCCUGUCACCGAGAGGGGAAAGAGCGCUCGCCUACUCGCCGGAGACGGCCUUGGACUCGCAACCCCGCCAGCGAAACCAUGAGCUCCGGCCAGCAGCAGCCGCCGCCACCGCGGAGGGUCACCAAUGUGGGGUCCUUGCUGCUCACCCCGCAGGAGAAUGAGUCUCUCUUCACCUUCCUGGGCAAGAAAUGUGUGACUAUGUCUUCAGCAGUGGUACAGUUAUAUGCAGCAGAUCGUAACUGUAUGUGGUCAAAGAAGUGCAGCGGUGUCGCUUGUCUUGUUAAGGACAAUCCACAGAGAUCUUAUUUUUUAAGAAUAUUUGAUAUUAAGGAUGGGAAACUAUUGUGGGAACAAGAGCUAUACAAUAACUUUGUAUAUAAUAGUCCUAGAGGAUAUUUUCAUACCUUUGCUGGAGAUACUUGUCAAGUUGCUCUUAAUUUUGCCAAUGAAGAAGAAGCAAAAAAAUUCCGGAAAGCAGUUACAGACUUGUUGGGCCGGCGACAAAGGAAAUCUGAGAAAAGACGAGACCCCCCAAAUGGUCCUAAUCUACCCAUGGCAACAGUUGAUAUAAAAAAUCCAGAAAUCACAACCAAUAGAUUUUAUGGUCCACAGGUCAACAACAUCUCCCAUACCAAAGAAAAGAAAAAAGGAAAAGCUAAAAAGAAGAGAUUAACCAAGGCAGAUAUCGGAACACCAAGCAAUUUCCAGCACAUUGGACAUGUUGGUUGGGAUCCGAAUACUGGCUUUGAUCUGAAUAAUUUGGAUCCAGAAUUGAAGAAUCUUUUUGAUAUGUGUGGAAUCUCAGAGGCACAACUGAAAGACCGAGAAACAUCAAAAGUUAUAUAUGACUUCAUUGAAAAAACAGGAGGUGUAGAAGCUGUUAAAAAUGAACUACGAAGGCAAGCACCACCUCCUCCACCACCAUCCAGGGGAGGGCCGCCUCCUCCCCCCCCACCUCCGCAUAGCUCAGGCCCUCCUCCCCCUCCUGCCAGGGGGAGAGGCGCUCCUCCUCCGCCACCGUCAAGAGCUCCCACAGCUGCACCUCCACCACCGCCUCCGUCCAGGCCAGGUGUAGGAGUCCCUCCACCGCCACCAAAUAGGAUGUACCCGCCUCCACCUCCAGCCCUUCCCUCAUCGGCACCGGCAGGGCCUCCGCCACCACCUCCACCUCUGUCGUUGGCGGGGUCCGCGGCGCCACCCCCGCCACCGCCACCUCCACCUCCACCCGGGCCGCCGCCUCCCCCUGGCCUCCCUUCUGAUGGUGACCAUCAAGUCCCAACUCCUGCGGGAAACAAAGCCGCUCUUUUAGAUCAGAUUAGAGAGGGUGCUCAGCUCAAAAAAGUGGAACAAAACAGUCGACCCGUAUCCUGCUCUGGAAGGGAUGCACUUUUAGACCAGAUACGACAGGGUAUUCAGCUGAAAUCUGUAUCUGAUGGCCAAGAGUCUACACCACCAACACCUGCACCCACUUCAGGAAUUGUGGGUGCAUUAAUGGAGGUGAUGCAGAAAAGGAGCAAAGCCAUUCAUUCUUCAGAUGAAGAUGAGGAUGAAGAUGAGGAAGAAGAUUUUGAGGAUGAUGAUGAAUGGGAAGACUGAUCUAUAUAUUAUAUAUAUAUAUAUAUUUUUAAGGUGAAAUACUAAACACUACUUUCUGUCUAUGGAUUCUGUAAAAUUAUCCUGUAAAUGUUCUACCAAUUUGCUGUAUAUUUUUGUUGCCUUUUUUGCUUUUUUUUUUAAUUAAUCUGUGCAAUACCUCAUUUAAUCUGUAAAGGUUUGUCAAAAUCCUCUACAAAGCUACUCCCUGUUAUUGUGUGCAAGUUUACACCAGGAUGCUCACUUAAUUUGUGAAUAUUUUUCAUUCCAUCAACAAGGGAGUUUAGAUAUUAUAUGUGAGACUGACAAAAACCUUAAUGUAAUUUAGUUAUAAUGCCAGAAGGAAAACACUAUUUUCAUACCCUACUUUUUCUGUACCUAAAUUUUCUUAUUAAAAUCUAGUAUAGCACUACAUUCUUUUUUAAGUGAUACAGACCUUAGUUUAUUUAGCCCCUUCAUUUUGAACACCAUGCUACAUGAAUGUUGAAGUUGACACAUUGCACAGUUCUCUAGACAUCACUACACUGAUGCAGUUUCUCAAGUUGUAGCAAUAUGCCCUGCAUAAUGUCACUACAGAGACACUAGUUGGGAAAAUUAGUAACACACCUCUUAAAACAAUAUUGCCUGUUCUUGGACAGAAGUGGUAUUUGGAGGCUGGAAUCACAAGGAGACCUUGCAUACCUGUACUUGACUGAGAUUAUUUUUAUGCUAUAGCAAAUGUGGCAGGCUCUUUUUAGCAAAAAUUUAAAAUAUUUUUGGUAUUACUCUUAAACAGUUGUUUAAGUUUUUGCAGUUCGGGGGAUUUUAGGGGUAAUACUCUACAUAAACUGAAGGAGGCUAUACAUUAUGGUUACCUCAGUAUCUGGUUAAAUGCACUAUAAAAAUCAGAACAUUUCUAAAAAUGAUGUGGAAUUAUUUUUAUUGUGUAGUCUAUAUGGAUUGAGGUAUUCAGAAAUAUCCACCAUACAAAUUAAAUCUAGCUGGCAAAGGUAAACACUGUAAUGCUGAACCAGUUACACUAUUUAAAAUUUUUUUAUAUAAUUUCUCAAGGUUUUUGUCAAAUGUCAGGUGAAGGGUUACAUUUUUCUUAAAAGAUUGGUGGCCCCAGUGUUAUAUUUCUUGAACCACAUAACUGAAUGAUAGAUUCUUUUUUUUUAAAAUAAAACUUUACAACCUGCACAUUUGUUAUGUGUACUAAAUGAUGUGUUAAAAUUAGGGUUUCCUUGCCUCUCUUCAGUACACUAAUCUGCCUAAAGGUGGUUGUUUUCAUAUUUAUAGUGCUAAUUAUCAUACCUACCUACUUUAAAUUUUAGGUAGAAAACGAUCUGAUUUAAAUACAGACACGUAUUUUUCUCACAUUGAGUCAUAUGCAGAAUGUAGUUCCAAAUGUAUUUCAGUACUAUAAUCACAAUAUCCAACUAAAAAUUAAGCUCUCUAGAAUUGUACCGACCAAAAUCUAGUAUUGGCAUGAUCUUGACAGGCUGGACCUGCAAGAUACAGCUUGAAUUUUAACCAUUUAUCACAUAAUCUCUAGUGAUCAUGCAUCUAGUUAUCAUAAGAAAUAAUUUAAAAGGUUUUGUUGCUGAAAGCAGUAAGUGGUGCAGUAAGAUAGUUAAGUUAUUCAAAGAAUGUUACCUUUCUUGCAAGAGUAAUUUAAACACAAGGGAAAGAGUUGACUUUUUGUUUCUUGCAAAAACAGUGCCCUCUGCUGCUAGAAACCUUUUUCUGCUUAUUCUCAUUUUUAUCAUGGCUUGCGCUCAGUGACGCUGAGUCUGGUGUGGAUGAGGCUGGACAGCUAUUAACCAAUAGAGUUAGGAAUUUGUGCAAAUGGUAAAUAGAACAUUAUAAUUAUUUUAAGUAAUAUUAAACAUCCUUCUUUUUUUUCAUUUUGGCAUUUUAAAAAACAUUUUAAAUAUCCUAGAAAUGUCUUUAAGGUAAUGCCAACUUAAGAUCUCUCUUAACUUUUGGCCAAGGAAUUCAGGGUUUUCCAGCUAACUUCAGUGUGAUAUGUAUUAUCAGGAGCUGCUCUGAGUAAAAGGAUAUCAAUUCUUUGAGUUGGAAACAAUUUUAAACAAAAUUUGCCAAAGGUACUUGAGUUUAUUUUUCUUGAAGAAAAGAAAAAAAGGCUUUCUGUUAUUGUUAUUGCACAAAGUCUAAAUUACUAUUGGUUGAAACACAGCAGCUGUGGAGUUCAGUCCAGGCAUGAAGACUAAACCCACUGUAGAUGUAAAGGUUGCAUGUUUCAGUCCUCCACCACCUUGCACUGUGGGCAGCGCUAUUCCUGUGCGUUGUCUGAAAGCCUCCCAUAUAUACUGCAGCUAAAUGAUUGUCUGAUAGCCUUCGCAUUUAACAAACUAGCAUGAGGCUUUUUAUAUGCUACGUGAUAGACAAUUUCAGCUAGCCACAUAUUGUAUGUGUGAGAUUCAUAAAGACUUUUCAAUCAUUCAUUUCCAUUUAUCAAUUGAAAUUUUGUUUAGUAUGUGAAUUUUUUUGAAAUGUAUAGUGAUAGGAUGUUGCACUGGUGGCAAUUCAUCAUGGAGCAUAAUAAAAUUAAUUUGACCCAAAUAGGCUAAAAUGCUGUGUUUUUCUUUAUUGUGGAGAGAUUAAAAUGGAUAAAAACAAUUUUUUUGACUACAGAUAGUAGUAAAGGGUACAGAACAGUGAAUGAUGAUGGUUGAAGUUCUCAGCAGACUGCAUGCCCUGAGAGAGUGUGCCAUUAAAUAAACACGGUGAGCAGAAAGAAUGUUACACCCUGUUCCGCUGGGAAAUGUGACAGCUGCUCAGCAGCUCCCUGGAAGCCACAGAACAUUCACAUUGCAAGGUCAAACUGGAGCUCUUGGCAUUCCAGAAACAUUGAGGUUCCCUAAAAUCAGAAUGAUAAUGCAGUUUACUGGUCAUUUCAGUAAGCCAGAUACAGGAGUUCAUGUGGGACUUAAGUAGUUCUUAAUCAAUGGUAUCAAAGAUGGUUCUUUAAACAGGAACCUCCGUUUUGAUAAAUAGAAUUUUCUGUGCUGCUGACUUUGGCACAAGUGGGUGUCUGAAGAUUAAACCGAGUUACGGAAUCUAGUGUGUAGGAUGCUACAAAAUGCCUUCUAAGAGCU